AUGGGUUUCACGUUAGACUUCCUGAUCUGGGCCAUCCUAGGUGCUGAAGUAGCGACGGCACGGCCUGGACCUGGACAUGGACCUGGAUCUGAACCAAGAGGCUCAGUGACUGAGGAGCUUCCGCGAGCCGUCUCGUGCGCGACGAUUCCGUCCCCGUUCCCGAGCUGGUCUCAGCUGCCGCAACAGACAACUUUGCCCGACCCAUUCCUACCGCUUGGUUUCACAACUACAGAUAAUGCGGGCAACCAGUCAGCCUCAGCCUUCGCACAGGAUGUUAUGACAGGAAAAGGCAAAAACAGGAUUCAGACGGCGGAGGAGUGGUACCAGUGCCGGCAGCCUGAGAUACUGAACUUGCUGCAGGAAUAUCAGUACGGUUAUUAUCCGGAUCACGCCCAAGAAACCGUCACGGCUACUCGUUCUAGCAACACCGUCAGUAUCUCUGUAACAGCAAGUGGCAAAACUGGAAAAUUUUCUGCGACGGUAAAACUUCCCACAGGAGCCAGCAAGGCAGCUCCAGCACCUGUGGUCAUCAACAUUGGGGGAAUGCAGGAUCAACCUUAUCUGCAGGCUGGAAUUGCUGUGGUGGGAUUUGACUACACAAGUGUAGCCGCAGAUAGUAACAGCAAGACUGGCGCAUUUUGGAGCAUCUAUAACGGGAGAGACAUUGGUGUCUUAACUGCCUGGGCCUGGGGUUUCCACCGCACUCUUGACGGUCUGAACCUCACCGUCCCGGAAAUUGAUCCGACGCGCGUCGGCGUGACGGGCUGCUCCCGGCUUGGCAAAGGGGCCCUCGCUGCCGGCCUGUUUGAUAAGCGAAUUACCCUAACGAUGCCUAUGUCAUCAGGAGUGCAGGGGCUCGGUCCCUACCGAUACCAUGCAAUGAGCGGACAGGACGAGACGCUGGAGAACAGCAAGCAGGGCGCGCCCUGGUGGAGCGACAACGCCCUCGCCACGUUUAUCAACCACGCCGAGUGGCUGCCGUACGAGGCGCACACCAUUGCUGCUGCGAUUGCGCCGAGGGCCUUGGUGAUUGACCAGGGGACAGGCGACCAGUUCACGAACUCUAAGGCGACGGCGAUCGUGGUGUACCCAGCUGCCAAGGUGGUGUAUGACUGGCUUGGAGUAGGGGACAAGAUUGGAAUGAGUGUGAGGAGCGGUGGCCAUUGCGACUUGUCAGGGUAUUCUUCUGUCCUGCAAUUUGCACAGAAGAUCUUACUGGGCAAGAAUAUCACGCAGGAUUACAACAAUUUGGGGUCGUAUGGCUCGCCUCUCACCACGACAUAUCCUUGGGCGACUGCUGUUCCAAAGGCAGCAUGA